AUGGAUAUCAACAUGCCUUAUGGUAGCAUGCUUAUCAUAACGAAUGCAUCUGCAUUGAUGGUUGGCCGCUACUACUGUGUGCAUUCCGAGAACCAACAGGAAGAUCUAGACGAAAUGGAAGCAGAAAACGUAGCCAACAGCAUCUACGUGUAUGUUGACGAUCCUCACCAGCUCGUGGUACCACAUCCUGUGAAAUCUUAUAAUAAUAGCGAGGGAGUCGUUGUUCUCUGUAAACCGUCACAUCCGGAAGUGGAGUUGGAACUGUGUGACUUUAACUACGAACGCUGCGUUACAACUUUAGAUCCAACAAAAGGUUUUUUUCUUCAAGGUGGUGCUUACAAUCGAACUGCUGAGUUUUAUUGUUACGCUAAUGGCAUGAAACAUACCGCUAAGCUUGACAUAAACAAUGAAGAAGGUUUGAUAAAACCCACCAUCUACAGCAACGUCGGAGAUUAUGUACCAAUUGGCACAACAGUUCAUCUUACCUGCAGCUAUCAGGAGUAUUUAGAUAGAAACGUUGAAAUAUCGUGGAAAACACUUCCUAGCUACCAGCCCAGCGAAAUUGAUGAAACAAUAUUUGUGGGAAACCAAACAAGAACCUCUAUGAACGAACAGACUCUUCCCUAUCUUUUCAAGCGGGAUCUUAUUAUUGAAAAUGUUACCCUAGCCCACAAAAGAACCUACCGAUGCGAAGUUUUUGAUGAUAAAAACAAUACAUAUUACCAUAAUUUUAAGCUGCAAGUUCGUGAAACUCCUGAUGAUUUCGUCAUACUGAGCACAGCUCACGACCGAAGAAGCAUCCAGCGAAUGUUAAACGAAAAUGGAGAGACUACUCCAAUUGAAAUUAAAAUCCGGUAUAAAGCGUUCCCCUCCCGUAUUAGCUAUGAAUGGUUCAGAGAUGAAACUGGCAUCAUACACAGCAAUAACGAUAAAACAGACGAAUACAAAAUGGAAGUAACGGAAGACUCCAUCAAACUAAGAAUCAAACGUCCGAAGAUGCAUCAUUCAGACUUGUAUACAGUCGCGGCUAAAGCAGGAACUGCGAGUGCGAAUUUUUCCAUCGUGGUUGAUGUUUGUGGCAAACCUUCCUUGAAAAUGGAUAGUAUAAAAGCCGUCGAAGGUGACUUUAUGUCUUUUCAAUGUUUGGCCGAGUCUAAUCCAUCAACGACUACGAUAAGUUUCCUGUUUCAGCCAUGUAAGAAGGUUCCCUGGGGAAACUGUUCGAUUGUGAAUGACACAGACGCAGGAUGGCAAGAAGGAACAGAUGAGGUAUAUGGUAUCAACUGGUCAUCAGCAACACACAGACUAAUCACCAAUACCCCAGGGAUUCUAUACUGCAAGGCUAGCAAUUGGGAUGGGGAUGCAACGACGCAGGCCUAUUUGAUGUUGGAAAAAGUUUCCAAUUUUAUGGUACUGGAAAUAAUUCAACCUAAAGGGAAUAUCACUGUUGGAGAUGAUGUUACUUUGCACUGUUCAGUAGUUUCUCUCGGGAACAUUGUUAGCAUGGUAUUCGAGCAUAAUGGAGGGGAAUACCAAGGCACCGUGAUGCAAAACGAUUCGCUUAUUCUCAAAAUGGAACUCACACUAUUUGAUGUUCAGCUAAGCGACGCGGGAGAUAUCCAUUGUUUUGUGAUCUACCUGAUUAACAAGGAGCCCCAAAUGCGAAGAUUGAUUAAUAUGGAAGUGACAGAAGGAAUCGCUCCUUACUUGCAAUCAGGCGAUAUGGAUCAGACCAUAGUCGUUGACGUUUUGAAACCCAUUAAUCUCGAGUGUGAUGUCGUUGGAGUACCUGAACCUUCGAUAACCUGGUUAAAAGAUGGAGCACCUUUCGUAUACAAUCUGAGCAAUCCAACAGACAUGACUGCGAUCACCAUUCAAUAUGCUAUACCAACACAGUCGGGGCUCUACGAAUGCAUUGCAGAAAAUAAAAUGGGAAAUAUUACGAUAACAAAGAAUGUUACCGUACGAAUUCCAGAAAUCACAAGGAACCAGCCGCUAAUUUAUGUCACGGUGGUGCUUCUCAUGCUGACAAUAACGUUAAAAUCGCUGCUCCUCUACGUAAAGAUAAAACAAACAUCAAGAGAUUCAAAUGUUGCAGUUGACCAUUUGCAAAUUGUGCCUCCAUUUGAUUCAUCGGAAUAACCAUUUGUACCACUAAGAAUAUUUCUAUUAUUUGACCAAAUGGCAUGUUUAUGCUACAUUCAUAACUGUUAAAUUUAGACCAAACUGUUAAAUUUAUUUGCAAAGACCAAAUCAAGAAGUAGGAACUAUACUUCGGAUCAAAUAAAUCACACAUGCAGAUGUGGAGCAUCUGACUUCAAUCAGGUUAUUAAUGCAAAAUCCACCAACAA